UAAACAUCGUUGUGUAUAGCCCGCUGUACUAGUGCACAAAUUGUCCCUUCUCUUCACAAUCUUUUCAUCUUUUUUAAAAUUGAAUGAAGCAAUUCUCUUGACAAUCUUGCUGCACCCAAAGUGGGAUACUGUGAACUGUUUCAUGUAGAGAAAUCUUUAGAGGAGCAUGGAAGUGCAAGAGACAAACAAAAACAUUGAUGUUCUUUGAGGUAGAAGAAGUUUGUUGAGACCCUGGAGCGUCUUCAAGUUUCAGCGGUAACUACAGCCUGAUUUUUUUUCCGUACCAUUCCCAAAGAAUACCAACCCUGUAGGCUUCUCAAAGUUUCCAAAGCUUUCAAGUGGAGAGCUACAAAUCCAAGUUUCUUUUCAAUAAGAUGCAGUCUUUCCUACUAACUUGCCAAGAAAGAAGAGGAUUGUGAUAACAAAAGAUUUAGAAAUCAGGUUCCAGGCAUUGGAUCUUCUAUGAUGGUUUUGAGCUAUCAAGAUAUAUUCAAGAACCAUAGAGAAUACAGGUUUUGCUCAAGGAUUCCAGUCGUGAUCAAUUGAAGAAAAUCAAGCAUGUUCUUUAGUAUACAGUCUUUGCUGCUUAUCAUUUAGCCCUUGAGACCUCGUUCUUGCAGAUGAAGGUGCUAUCUUGCCAGAGCUUCCUUUGAAAUCUCUAAUAACAGUUGCCUUGACAGACAAACAGAGCUUUCUGCCAUCUUGAUAAUGAAGGGAAUGGCUCAUCUGGGUCUUUGUCAUAAUUGACCAAUAAAUCACCUCAGAUUUUGAAAUUAAGGAGGCAAUAUUUUCAAAUUCAGUUGAUGGUUUAGUGACUUCUGUUGCUUCCAGAGCUUGUCUUGAUUAUCAAAUGGCUGCAGAGGAACCAUCCUUGGAAUUGUUGAAGGAGAAUCAAGAAAGAGCAGAAAAUAAAAUGAUAUCCAAGAAAUUUGAUGAGCGAAAUGCAGAAUGUAGGAAUCAAGAACAAGUUCUCUCAAAAGAAGAUUUUCCACCUUCCCCAUCUGAUCAUCAAAGUAUAUUGGUCUCGUUAUCAAGUCGUUCUGUGUUGAAGGGGACACUGUGUAUGCCUUCUCGACUUUUUGACAUGUAUUAUGGCAGUUUUGCCAAAACUCUUGGAGAGUACCUUCGGGAUGAUUUAUUUUGCCAGAAACCUCGUCUUUGCUGUGGUGAACCAUCAGAGGCACAUGUCCUUUGUUAUAGACACCGUCAGGGUAGCCUCACAGUAUCUGUGAAGCGGGAGCCUCCAAUGUUGACAUUAGCUGGUGAACGUGAAGGAAAAAUAUGGAUGUGGCAUCGUUGUUGUACAGGGAAGGAUGGAGUUCCACAAGACACCCAAAUAGUCGUAAUGUCUGAUGCUGCAUUGAGAUCAUCAUUUGGAAAAUUCUUAGAGCUCAGUUUCUCCAAUCAUGGUGCAGGAACUGGAAGUAGAGUUGCCAUCUGUGGUCAUUCUUUACAUAGAGACUGCCUUCGUUUCUUUGGGUUUGGAAGUAUGACAGCAUGCUUCCAAUAUUCUUCCAUCAAUGUUCUAUCGGUGUAUUUACCACCCUCAAAGUUAGAAUUCAAUGACCCUAAUCAGCAAGAAUGGCCUAGGAAAGAAGCUAACGAGGUUGCAGAUGAAGUGGAAUUGUUUUAUGCAGAAGUCUUGUACUUGCUCAUUCAGAUAGGGGAAAAAAUUGGCAGUUCUGGAUCAAUGUAUACCGGUACUAAAGUUUCAGAAUCAAGAAGACAAGCUGCAGAACUGGAAGGACUGUUGCAGAUGCAAAAGGCUGCUAUUGAGGAAAUAUUGCAAAGGGCCAUCCCAAACGAUUGGCAGCCAGGGAAACCUGUGGCUGAUGUUUUAGAGCUAAAUCGUCUAAGGCGUUAUCUUCUUUGUCUAUCCUAUUCGUGGGAUCGUCAGCUUUGGGAUUUAUAUUCGUCACUUACAACAAAAGAUGUCAGAAUAGAAUCUAACCAGGACAAAGCUGACAUGUCUGGGACUCUGCAUAAUAUUGUUAUUCAGUCUGGUGAUGGAAAUGCCAUACAUGAUGGAUUGGUGCAACCUGCCAUGACAAAUAAUUUCCACAGAUCCUUUGGUAACAAAUUAAAGGAAUCAAGCAGCAUGAAUGGAGAAUUAGAUGACGGUGUCAACACUUUUGAAGUAGCAGUGAACAGAGUGACCCCUGAUGGAGAUGAUAUGGAAAGUCCAGAUCAUUCACGAGAGAUUUGUCCACUACUAAGGUUGCUAGCAGAUAGAGCGCAGAUGAUUCAGAGGGCGAUCAUGGAGUGGCUGCAAGUGCAGAGGGAGAUUUUCGAUUCUUGGCGGAUCUUGCUGAUAGAGUGGACGCAGCAUGGUCAGUCUUCAAGUGUUCAAGCCAUGCCUGUGACAUCACAGGUGCUAGAUAUUGCUCCUGUGAAUGGGUCUAUUGUUGCAUGUGGAGGUGAACCUGCUGUUACAAAAGAUUUCCAACCCUUCCAACAAACUGCAACAGGGGUAAAGACUAGAUGUGAUUCUAUCUUAAAUGGUCAAGAUAAAGGUGGAAUGGAGGUGUCUGACACAAGCAAAAGUUUCAAGGGAACUGUGUCAGGGUCAAUUAGACUAGAUUCUCUCAUUGACUACAGACCUAAAUUUGUAUCCAUGUUUAGUCUUGGAGGAGGAAGACUAGUUUUACCAUCUGGCGUCAAUAACACAAUUAUUGCUGUUUAUGAUGACGAGCCUACAAGCAUAAUAUCAUAUGCACUCUCAUCACAUGAAUAUCAGGCCUCCCUAUAUGGAGACAAUGGACCUGAUAAUGAGGAACAAAAAGAGAAAGACAGAGAUAAGGAGAAGGAGUAUGCAGAAUUAUUAGGCAUGCCGAUAGGCAUCUCAUAUCCCAUUUCUUCCUCAGAUAGCUCCUCAGACUCAGUGGACUUCCAAAGGCAUGUAAAAGUAUCCUUUACUGAUGAGGGUCCUCAUGGAAAAACCAAGUACACAGUAACGUGUUUCUUUGCAAGAGAGUUUGAUGCCCUUAGAAGAGAGUGUUGUCCAACAGAAAUAGACUUUAGACCGUCACUAAGUCGCUGCAAGAAAUGGGAAGCACAGGGUGGAAAGAGUAAGGUGUCUUUUGCAAAAUCUUUAGAUGAUAGAUUUGUUAUCAAGCAAGUAAAAAGGACAGAAUUGGAUUCCUUUAUCAAGUUUGCACCGGCAUAUUUCAAAUAUCUCACAGACUCAUUAAGUUGUGGAAGCUCUACCUGUUUGGCAAAGAUCCUUGGUAUUUAUCAGGUCAUGAAGCAUGCAAAAGAUGGCAGAGAGAUUAGGAUGGAUCUGUUGGUAAUGGAGAAUCUCUUGUAUGGAAGGAAUGUCACACGAGUGUAUGAUCUCAAAGGAUUUGCUCACUCCCGUUACAAUUCAGAUCCAACAGGAAGCAAUAAAGUUCUAUGGGACCAAAAUCUUUUAGAGACUAUGCCAACUGAUCCAAUAUUUCUCUGUGAAAAUGCCAAGCUCCUUCUGGAGGAAGCUGUCGGGAAUGAUUCUUCAUUUCUAGCGUCAAUUGAUGUCAUGGAUUAUUCACUGCUUGUUGGAGUUGAUGAAGAACGAUGUGAGCUGGUUUUAGGUAUUAUUGAUUUUAUCAGGCAAUAUACAUGGGACAAAUACUUGGAGACAUGGGUAAAAUCCUCUGGUAUUCUUGGUGGUCCUAUAAACACAUCACCUACAGUUAUUCCUCCAAAGCAAUACGAGGAGCGCUUCCGCAAGGCAAUGUCACAUUAUUUUCCGAUGGUCCCUGAUCAGUGCCAUCCUCCAGCUUUCAGCUUCACAAUAUGAUGUAACUGAAAGUGGUUCUUCAUUGUUUACAAGAAAUGAUGGAGGAGACCAACUUGUCUAGUGUUCUUUAUCAGGCAUUCAUCAUUCAGGGCUACAGGGCCAGCACAAUUACCUUGUAUCCAUUGAAAAGCCAAUGGGAAUCAUACAUUGUUCAUAUUUUCUAUCCUAUGACGAAAACGUUUUGGGAGAAAAGUGGAUUUGAAUUUGAAAACCCUCAUAUUCAUUUGAGUAAUUCUGAAAAAAAAGUUUCCAUUGGCAAACAUUUCCAAUGAAACUGUGUAAUAGUAGAAUGUUCUUCCAUGGAGAACUUUUUUCAUGAUUCGAAAUGGUCAGUGUAAUAAGUAUUAUGUAAUUAAAUGUAGAAAUCAGAGAGUUAAUUAUAUGGAUCUUCGGUCUGUGUUUGAAGUAGAAAGGUGAUUGAUUUUAUCAGAAUUCAAUACCAGAUCUUACAUUCGAAAGGAUGAAGUUGAGAUUAUGUUUUAUGUUUUGAAUUAUGUUUCAUUUCAGUUGUAAGAAUUGAAUGAUAAAUGAUUUGUGGAAUCUAUAAUAGAUCAUAAACUAGAAUUUCAUUUUUGAAAA